AUGGAUGCUAUAUCUGAUCCAACGUUUAAACACACUAGGUCAAGAAAUCAAGUAACCGAAGAAUCUCCAUCAUUACUUACCGUUAUUAUAGAGAUUGCACCAAAGUUAUGGACGACUUUCGAUGAAGAAGGAAAUGAAAAGGGUAGUAUAAUAAAGGUACUAGAGGCCUUGAUUGUAUUUCUCAAUGCGCACCUAGCUUUUAAUAGUGCCAACAAAGUAGCAGUCAUUGCCGCAUAUUCCCAAGGAAUCAAAUAUCUAUACCCUGAAAGCACUUCUAGCACAACUACCUCGAAAGCUCCUAGGUCUGAUAAUAGGAACCGUAGUGAUCUCAAGAUUAUCAAUUCCGAUAUGUAUAGGCGAUUCAGAAACGUUGAUGAGACACUGGUGGAAGAAGUCUACAAACUAUUUGAACUAGAGAAAAAUCAAAUUGAAGAAAAUAGCCAAAGGAGCACAUUAGCUGGUGCCAUGUCAGCCGGAUUGACAUAUGUGAACAGAAUUUCCAAAGAGUCAGUAACUACUUCGUUAAAAUCAAGGCUAAUGGUCCUUACAUGCGGUAGUGGCAGUAGUAAAGAUGAAAUUUUCCAAUACAUCCCUAUAAUGAACUGUAUCUUCUCUGCAACGAAAAUGAAAUGUCCUAUAGAUGUAGUGAAAAUCGGUGGUUCAAAGGAGAGUACCUUUUUACAGCAAACUACGGAUGCAACAAAUGGUGUUUACCUACAUGUGAAUUCUACGCAGGGCUUGAUUCAAUAUUUAGCGACAGCAAUGUUUAUUGACCCAUCACUAAGACCUAUAAUUGUCAAACCAAAUCAUGGAUCUGUGGAUUUCAGAACUUCGUGCUACUUAACGGGAAGAGUCGUUGCCAUUGGGUUUAUCUGUUCGGUAUGCUUAUGUGUUCUGUCAAUCAUACCGCCUGGGAAUAAAUGUCCUGCAUGCGACUCUGAAUUCGACGAGCAUGUAAUUGCCAAGCUAAAGAGGAAGUCCGUCGUUCCAAGGUUAAAGCCUAAGAAGAAGGUAGCGAAACCGUGA